CACCUCCACAACAACAACAUGCUCCAAGAACCCAAGCACAAAUGCACAGACAUCCUCACAUUUGCAGUCACUGCUCGCGGAGUUUCAAACGCACGGAGCAUCUGACUCGGCACCUCCGCACACAUACAAGAGAUAAGCCCUACAAGUGCUCUUGUGGAUCAGCUUUCACACGACGUGAUCUACUCACGCGGCACUGGCGUAUUGCACAGCACGAAGGAGAUGCUUCCACGAUAGCAUCAACAUCCUCUUCGGAGACCAGACGCGAUGCGCAGCAACACGAUGUAGCCAAUACACAACAGGCUACCGUCAAUGGAUUGAUGACCAACAACAACUCUGAGCUUGAUAGCUCUCAUUUGCUGCAUCAGCCAAGGAUGGAAUACCCUACCCCCGGACCGAACCUGCAUCAUGAUCAGAUUCCACUCAUAAAUCAAGGGGCUCAACCCCAGUCUUACCAUGAUGAGGGAUUCCAAGACUUCCGCGACUUUGUCAAUUUUAUCGAUGGCGUUGGGCUGUCAGCGCAAUGGUCGCCUGAGUUCGGGUUCGAUUGGCUACAAAGCGAUCAGCAGCCACAACAGCAGCAGCAGCAACAGCAGCAGCAACAGCAACAACCCCAACAUCAUGAGUCAGCAAGACAAUCGCACGAGCCCGAGACGGCUUAUACACCUGAGCCUGAGGAUAUUGGGACGCCCUUCAGCACAUGGUUACCUUCAGCGCCAGCUGAUGAUCAAGUUCAUCUUCGAUCUCAUUCAGGCGAUGAUGUCCGGGAAAAGCGAAGUCGCAGCGGGACAUACAACGUAACAGACGAGCAUCGAAACUUCCUGGUAUCGCUGCUGAGUAGCUUUUCUGCCCCAAUCUCCGGGUUCGAGAUACCCUCACGCCACACGCUGACACGAUAUAUCACGGCGUUCUUUGGAGGAUUCCAUAGCCAUUUCCCCUAUAUUCACAGAUCGACAUUUCAGCCCUCAUGCUCUCCUCUCGAGCUUACACUCUCGAUGGCUGCAGCAGGAGCUCAGUACUGUUUCGAGAAGAGGAGCUCUGAACGACUUUUUCGAGUAGCAAAAGCCAUGGUGUUUGAAAGAUUGAGACAAGAAGAGAAAUACUUUGGGCCUCAAACACUUGCGUCGAUUGCCUCGAACAAUGUGUACACGCCUGAAGCCGAGGUCCCAAUGCGACGCAUCGGACCCUGGAGCCCUCUCGACCUGGCUAAGACGCUUCUUACUCUUGUCGGCUUUGCAACCUGGGAAAGAAAAGACUUGCUUCAACAAGCAUUCUGCCUGCGUGGUCUACUCGUGCAGACUCUACGGGACAUUGGUCUCCGUGAGGAGAGUGUCAAUAGCAACGGGUCCACCUCCAGGUCUGCGAUGUGGGAUCAAUGGGUUCAGUUGGAAUCUGCUCGGCGCACGAAGCUUGUGGCUUUCUGCUACAUCAAUGUUCACAGCAUCGCGUACAACGUGCAUCCUCUAUUAUGGAGCAGCGAGUUGCACCUGAGACUGCCUUGCUGCACAGCAUAUUGGCAGGCCACAAGUGCUGCACAGUGGUCAGCCUUGCGAAGAGACAACAAAGAAGAUCAGAUGCCAUUUCAGCAAGCACUUUCGGUACUACUCCAAAGUCCCACGGGAACCGAGACUGUUCAUCCCAUUCCGAGUCCUAUCGGCAAUUACAUCCUGCUACACGCAUUGUUACAGCGCAUACAUGUUGUACGCGAGCUGUCUUUUCCGCUGACCCCGUCCACAACGAUAUCGGCAUCCGAACUUCAAACUAUUAGUCGCGCCCUUCGCUCAUGGACUUCACUGUGGCAGCAGACCCCGGAAUCGAUACUCGAUCCCAACAAUGAGAGCGGACCGAUACCGUUCACAUCGAGCGCGUUACUAGUCGUAGCUUACGUGCGAUUGUCUCUCGACAUCGGACAGCAUCGCCAUCUGGAGACCCGCGAUCCCCAUGCGAUUGCUGCUGGACUUGCGCAACUGCCGGAUAUCGAGCGCAAUGACAAUCUCCUCUCGGCACUGCUGUACUCAACGCACGCGUUGAGUAUUCCAGUGAGACUGGGCAUCGAUAGAGUGGCAAGGAGUCAAGCCUUCUUCUGGAGUGUUCAGCAUGCUAUCUCGAGUUUUGAAUGUGCUAUAUUUCUGGGAAAGUGGCUAUGCUCACUUCCGAGCCCACUGCAGGAAGAUUCUUUAUCCCGUUCGGAGCAUCGCAUCCUCCAUUGGGUCAUAUGCAUAAUCAAAGAGGCAUACGCAGUGGUAGACUUUGAGGAAACGGAAGGGAUUGAAAGCGAAAUAGCAGUCCCAGAGGCCCCUUUUGCCCUCGGUCUAGCAGUGUUGAACAUAUGGUGCCGCUUCUUCAGAGGCAAUACUCAGUGGCAAUUCGUAGUGAACCUGGGGAUAAGCCUGGAGAUAUAUAUGAAGUCGCUGGCUACAGUCACUUCCUGAACUAGCUCUCACGAUUGAU